AUGGAUUUGGCUGAAUUGUGGGCGAUUUUCGGGCCUGGCUUCUCCGGCGCUGUUUUCGGAACCGGCUGGUGGUUUUGGGUCGACGCCGUCGUCUGCAGUUCCGUCCAAGUUCCCUUCGUCCAUUACCUUCCCGGCAUAUUCGCGUCUCUCGGAGCUUUGAUGUUCAAUUGCGUGAGAAAAGAAGACAUUGAUUACUCUCCUUAUGACGAAGGCGAAUGGAGAUUGAAGCUAUGGCUUUUCAUAGCCUAUGUAGUAGCAUUUGUUUCCCUAGCUGCUUCUGUUGGCUUGUUGAUUCAAGAUUCGGUCGUCAAGACUGGCCCUUCCACAUGGACUGGUGUGGCCGGUGUCUUUCAAUGUGUGUUUGUCUUGAUAAGGUAUACUUGCCAAAGAUUCAAGUGGGCUAAUGUAUUGGACAUCGCACUCAGAGUAAGGAACGCUCACUGGCACACACUUCAUCUCCAACUCAGAUACAUGUUGUGA